AUGCACGAACGCCGACGUCUUGUGUUUCUCUUGCUGGCGUUCCUCACGGAGAUUUCGUCGGGCACCGACCACCCCCGGCAAAAGCGAUAUCUGGUGUUUCCUGAGGGCAGCUCUCUGCAGAUGAUUUUUGAGGGCACGUACCCCUCGGUCGGCAUGGGCAACGUCUUCGUGUUCGGUAACACGGCGGCGAUGGCUUACGAGUUGCCGUCCACCCCGGCAUUUUUGAACUACGACAAGUUCGGAGACGCCCCGAACCGCACCGAUUCGCGUCACGACGAUGACGAUUUCGAUUACGGGUGGCGGCAAAACGCCGGCUGGAGAUACGGCCCCGAGCCGCCCGAAAUCCCGUAUCACCGGGUGCACAGGCGCAGCCGCAGGGAAUUGUACGGAAAAAUCGAAAACCUUUUCCAGGCCCUCGAGAAGCACGGCAGGGCGUGCCUGCUGAAGACGAUCUGCAAGCUCGCUCGGUUACCGUCGAGGAAGGGCUCCAUGGUGGAAGAAGUUCUAAAAGUGGUGUUUAGAUCGAAGCCGCACUCCGGGUACCCCGACGAAGACGACUACGACGUGGCGGCGGCGCCGGCGGCGAACUGCGACCGCCUCUACCUCGAGUGCCCGGGUUCGGUGCUGGGUGGGAUUUUUGGCAAAUAA